AUCAUCAUCAUCAACAUCAUCAUCACUGCCAUCAUAGGUCACAGUCUCCCCCAUCUGCCUACUCCACAACCACUACAACUCCCACAACAACUCUCCACCCCGAGGCGUCUCUCAAGCCGCCACACUCCCUACACUUCGGUAGCAUCCCGCAUGUCCUACCUCGCCUCGUCCCGCUCGCUCCUGCGCAACUCUCGCGCCGCUAUUCGCCUGCCCACCACCAUUGCUAGGACAUUCUCGUCGACAACGCCCAACAUGGCCAUUACCGAAGCGCAGACGGCCAUUGUCAAAUCGACGGCGCCCAUUCUCAAGGAGCACAGCCUCACCAUCACCACCGUCUUCUACAAGAGCAUGCUCGGCGCCCACCCCGAGCUCCACAACAUCUUCAACAUCAGCAAUCAGCGCUCCGGCGCCCAGCAGAAGUCUCUGGCCAACGCCUUGCUCGCCUACGCCACCCACAUCGACGAGCUCCAGAAGCUCGGCCCCGCCGUCGAGCGCAUCGCCCAGAAGCACGUCAGUCUCGGCAUCACCCCGGACCAGUACGCCAUUGUCGGCGAGCAUCUCAUCAAGGCCAUCGCCACCGUUCUCGGCGACGGCCUGACGCCCGAGGUGGCCGACGCCUGGGUUGCCGCUUACGGCCAGCUCGCCGACAUCUUCGUCAAGCGCGAGGGCGACCUCUACGACCAGGCCGGCGACUGGCGAGGCUGGCGCAAGUUCCGCAUCGACCGCCGCCAGCAAGAGUCCAACACGGUCACGAGCUUCUACCUCAAGCCCGCCGAGGGCGACACGACGGGCCCGCUGCCGCGCUUCCUGCCUGGCCAGUACGUCAGCAUCCGCGUGCGCGUGCCCGAGUACGGCGACGUCUGGCAGUGCCGCCAGUACAGCAUGAGCGAGGUGCCCCAGGGCGACCACUACCGCAUCAGCGUCAAGCGGGAGCGCGCGGCCGAGGACGCCGGCGCCACGUCCGCCGACCACCCGGGCGUCGUGUCCAACAUUCUGCACGACAAGUUCCAGGUCGGCGACGAGAUUGAGAUUACCUACCCGCGCGGCGAGUUCUUCAUCGACAUCAAAGACGCCACAAAGGCCGACGCCCCGCUCGUGCUCCUCUCUGCCGGUGUGGGUGUCACGCCCUUGACCUCCAUCCUCGACGCCGUCCUCGCCAGUCCCGAGUCCAAGAUGACCAAGCGCCCCAUCCGCUGGGUCCACGCCGCGCGACGGACGGACCAGAUGGCCUUUGCCGCCCACAUCAAAAAGGUGACGGCCGACAACGCCAACGUCCAGUCCAAGGUGUUCCUCAACACUAUCGUCGAGGGCGAGGAGCAGGGCCAGGCCUACGACUUCCAGGGCCGACUCGACCUCGACGUCCUCGACGGCGCCCAGGACCUCGGCCUCGACUCCAAGGAGACGGAUUACUUCGUCUGCGGUCCCCAGGCGUGGAUGGUCGAAGUGUUGCACAAGCUGGAGGCGCUGGGCGUUGAGCGUGGACGCGUCAGGCUCGAGCUGUUCGGCACGGGCGAUGCUGAGGACCUCUAG